UAAAACCUCAGCGUUCAUGGGAUCGGUUGUGCACACAGACGUAAACCCAGCUGAUCCGAAUUCGACUGUUGUUUGCGCGCACAGUUGACGGCAUGGCUUGCUUCGACGGAUGCCACUGCAUAAGCGAGCGGAGGCAGAGCAGCAUCCUGUACAGCAUUUUGAAGAACGACAUACAAUCCGGACAGAACUCACAGCAACAGAGAAUCCCGAGAGUUGCGGUGUCACUGCAAGCUUGCUCGUGUGGAUCUAAGAAAAAGGUCGUGCUCCGGUCGCCGCAGACCACCUGCAAAGCCGCCUCUGCCGUACUCGUAAAGACUCUCAAGUUUGUGAAGAGUGUGCCCUGCUUUCGGGAGCUGCCAGUGGAGGACCAGCACGUACUAGUGCGGAGCAGCUGGGCUCCUCUGCUGGUGCUAGGCAUGGCGCAGGACAGGAUUGUUUUCGAGACUUCCGAAACGCCCGAGCAGAGCAUGUUGCAGAGGAUUUUAACCAGCGGCCCGGACAAAACGGAGAACUCAUCAUCAUCAGACUGUGGCGCGCCGGGCGUGUCUGUAGUUGAUGUGCAGGGUAUCAAACUGUUCCUCAGUAAAUGCUGGAGUCUGGACAUCAGCACAAAGGAGUACGCGUAUCUAAAGGGAGCCAUUCUUUUCAACCCAGAUGUUGAAGGGCUGCAGUGUCAACAGUACAUCCAGGGAUUGCAGAGUGAAUCGCACCAAGCACUUAAUGAAUAUGUCAAAAUGAUUCACCGAGUUGACACUACCAGGUUCGCCAAACUCUUCAUCGCACUCUCCAUGCUCCGGUCGAUCAACGCGAACGUGGUUGCAGGGCUCUUCUUUAAGCCCGUCAUCGGAGCAGUCAACAUGGAAGAACUUCUACUGGAAAUGUUUUAUGGGAAACAACCCGAAAAGGACGAUUAAGACGAUGGACACUGGACUGCGUCAGAGGGAACUCAAUGAAAUGGCAUUGACAGAAAUACGCGCCAAAAUAACUUAUUGCUUUUUACAUAUAGCCUACUAUUUUUGUAUAAUAAAAUAUUUGCUGAAUUGA